AUGAGAAAAUAAUUAUAGGUCCUGAAGGAACUUUAAGGAGAUUUAAGCCUUAUUGAAACACCAAAUUAUAAAAAGCUUAUAUCAUGCAUCGACAAAAUACUAGAGAGCAACACAACCGAUGGAGAGCUAUACUAUUAGAAAGGAGUGAUAUUCUUUUAAAAAGACGAUUAUCAAUAGGCGAUAGAGUAUUUUAGAAAGGCAUUAAAUUGCGAUGCUAAAAAUAAUACUAUAAUUUAAAAUUUGGGAAUCUCAUAUAAAGCUGUUGGCAAUUUUUAGGCUGCAUUAGAAUAGUUUAACAAGAGUUUAGAGAUUCAGCCCAAAAACACUUAGGUAGCCAUCCUAAAGGGUGAUACUCUCAGGCUGAUGAAACGAUUUACUGAGGCUGAAACUAUUUUUCAGGAUCUCCAUAAAAAGGACAGAGAUAAUGUUAAUGUUAUUUAAGGAUUAAUAGAGUUAAAGUUAGACUAAGAUUUAAAAAGCGAGGCUAUAUAGUAUAUAGAAUAAAUAGAAUCAUUAAAAGUGAUAGAAGUGGAUCCUCUUUUAUUAAUAGCGUAACGACUUGUAUAGUCAAAGUUGGAUAAAUAAGCUUUGAAAAUCUUGAGCAAGAUUCUCGCAUAUGACAAUAAGAACACAGAUGGUUGGUAUAGUUAAGGAAUCAUUUUAUAUAACGGAGAUCAAUUUACAGAGGCUUUGAAAUCUUUUGAAAAGGUUAUAGAAUUGGAUCCUUAAAAUACUUCUGCAAUGCUCUACUUGGCUUUGUCUUUUGGGUAGCUGAAUAGAUAUCAGGAUGCAAUCUAAAUAUUUGGUAAAUUGUUGUAGAUAAAUCCAAAAGAUGCAGCAAUUUGGAAUAAUAAGGGUAUUGCAUGUAGAGAAUUGAAAUAGUAUCAACAAGCUUUGGUAUGUUUUGAUAAGGCUUUGGAGAUAAAUCCGACUAACCCGCUCUAUAAAAUAAAUAAAGCGUUGAUAAUGAUUGAAAUUAAUAAACCUGAAGGUUUGAAAUUGCUUUAGAAAGCCAAGGAAUCUUUUAAUUCCGACAUAUAAUUAUUAAAUAACUAAGUGUUUACUUCUGUAAAUAUCUAGUAUAUGUAAUUAUAAUUCUAAUUGUUGGAAUAAAAUGGAGAUGAACAUGAUUUGUUAAAUUAAAUUGAAAAUCUUGAAAAUAUCGAAAAUAUUGAGACAAAAGAUCUAGAGGGAAAGAGACUGAUUAUUAAUACAAAUGAUUUGAAUCAUAAAGAUUUUGGGAAACUGAAAAACAGUGAGAGAAAGAAUACUGAAAGAUCAGUACAAAAACAACUAGUUAGAAUUCCUACUGAAGAAGUGCAAAGUGAGAUUUUAAAUUAAUAAGAAUAAAAGAAGGACCUCAAUGUCAGUUUUAUUCAGUAGAGUUGUUUGAUUCAAGGAAGCAAUAGUGAUUUAAUGUAAAUAGAAAAUACUCUAAUUGGAGGGUAAUAGGGAAGUAUAAAAAAAAGGAAUACUAAGUUUAAAAUUGACUAGCUAGAAAACAUGUAUCAGUAAUUGAGAUAAAAAAUAAAUACUAUUGAAUAAUAGAUAUAGUUAGUUGGAUUAGAUAAAAGAGCUGCAAUUUACAAGUAAUUACAAGAAUUUUAAAAAAGUGCAGAAGGGUUGAAUUAAUUAGCUUAUUAUAAAGCAUUUUUCUGGACUCUGUUUAAUUAUAUUCAAUCUUAUGCAAAUUAAAGUACUGGACUCUUUCAACAUAACACUAAUCAAACAAUCGAGACUCCAGCAGAGAAGGUAGCAGACAAUUUAGAAACAGGUUUAGCCAUUGGAGUCAAGAUAUCAGCCUCAAUUCCAUUAAUAAAUACUGUUUUGUCUACAGUUCAUUCUGCCGUUCAUACUCUUUUUCAAAUCCAUAAAGACAAUAAACAUUAAGAUAGAAUAGAGGCGAUUAAUGAGAUCAUCUCAAAAAAAGUGAUUGGCUUAAGUGAUUUAGAAUUAUAAAUAUCUAGCGCAGCACUCGAUCUUUCUAUAAAAAAAUUAGAUAUAAUCAAGGAUUUAGAAACAGUAGAAAGGAAAAAAUCGAAAACUCUAACUUAAGAAAUGGAGAAGAUUAUAAGGAGAAUGAUGGAGUCCAAAUCGUCUCUUUAUUAAGGUGGAGCUAGUCAAAUAGGUUUAGAAGAUGCUUUAAAUUGUCUUGGCUACUAUUAUUAAAAUGGAUUAAUUGAUGAAGAUCAGGAACUCUCGUAAUAGAUUGUAUUGAUAAUUAUAGAAAAGCGAUACUUUUAAAAAACUCCCAUAGUAGAGUCAAGGGAGUGCUUUUCUUGUAGUUGUUAAAUACAAUGA